AUGAAGCUGCGCCAUGGAGCUGCGAACCUGAUGGCGAACAUGAAUGCAGACGAUGCGCAAGACGAGUCAGACGAUGUCGAAUACGACCCGCGACAAUUGGAUAUCGACCGUAAUCGCAAUGACCAAAGACUCAAAUCACGCUUCGAGCACAUCUUCAGCAAGUACGAGCGCGACUUCGAGGGUGUCGCCGACGAGAUCGACAUAUCGACGGGGAAGAUUGUAGUCAACAAUGGCCACAUACAGCACAUGGAGCAUGAAGCUGAUCCCGGCAAGAGCGCAUCCUCCCUCUUUGCGCAGGCCUUUCAGGAUGAAUUGGAGCAUGAAGAAGAAGAGGAAGAUGACGAAGAAGAUGAAGAGGAGGACGAUGAUGUCGAGAAAGGUGCAGACGACGACACACAUGGGGCCGGUGACCUUGACGAAGCUCUGCACUCGUCUGGUAUCGAGGAUAUACCUACUGUGACUUCGCGGCCGCCAAAUAUGGCAGCCAGGCUUGGGAUCAGUGAGAAGCCGAUUCCGAAGCUGGCACGUCUCAUCGCCAACGAGGACACACCCCAGAGGACCGGAACGCAGGCAGAGGGCGAGCAGGCACCGGAAGCUCCGUCUUCAGCCAUAACCGUCUCAGGCCUCGCUACGCCUCUGUUAGGUCGAUUCCCGGGUUUCUAUCAGUCUGUACGGGAUGCGCAACCCGACACAGGACGGAGAUCCGUCGCUCCAGAGGCAGUGAAGGCUUUGGGCGUCAGCAUAGCCACCCAAUUGGCACAAUAUAUGCCGGGCAGCGCGAGGAGAAAGAAGAAAGCGAAAGAGCCUCGCUUGAGUCUCCCGGCUGGCGUCACUGAUCCAACAUGGGCGUACCCAGAGCUACCUGCGUCUGUCACCCAGAAACGACAACGAUCAUCCAGCCCGAUAGGGGAGAAAGCCGGCUCUUCCCCGGUGCCAAUCACUGUUGGGCAGGAAUCAUUGUGGACAGCUGAAGGGGUUGUGCGGCCACGCAAACGACGACGGACGCAGGCUGAGAUGGCUGAUGGUACUCCGACAAGCGCGAUCCCGUUGGUCAUGAGACCUUCAUCGUCAGGCAAAGGAAAGCAGACUCCUGAUUUACGACGAUGCUGGAACUGCAGCUUGACUCGAACACCGAGUUGGCAACAAGGUCCGCAUGGUCAGGACUUGUGCGUGUCGUGCGGCAGAUAUUUUGAGCGCUAUCGACGGAUGAAGCCCUUCGACUCAACUACCCCAGAACCGGAGGAGCGUGCGCCGAAGCAAGUCGAAGCUAGUACAACCGAUAUCCACCAUGAGGAGACAGGACCAACGCCAGGUGAUCGCGAGACCGAUGAGGCACUACACGUCGUCCACGCUCCUGUCGGCGGAGUUGAAACUCGAAGCAGUCCGCCAGUCGUUCGUUACGAGAAUGAAAACCAGACACCAUUACAGCAACAGGCGCAGGCGCCUGAGACCUUUGCUGACAACGGAGCCGCAGCCACAUGCCCUCGUGAGGAUGAGCCUGAGCGUGUUGCAGCCAUUGCGAAGGCCACUACCCCGGACAUCAACGCUGCUACACACAAGCCGAUUGCCUUCGUCAUGCUGCCGAAACAGCCGACUAAGGUAACAUUCGAGGGUGCGAGUCUGUCCCCUGAAGAAACAUCAACUGGAAUCAUGGAGGCUGAGGUGAACGCUGAGAUGCACACGCAACAGGAUGACCGCAUGGAUGACUAUGUAAUCGGCUUCGAGACCACGCCUGCAGGUCAACUGGAGCGCCAACUGAACCCAUUGUUGCACCACAACCCAGUGUCUAUUCAAGACGAGGCAACGCCCACAGUAGGCACAAUUACGCCAGCAGCCAUGACACCUGUGCUCGAACCUGGUUCACCCACCACCCCAAGUUCAUCGGACCAUGGCGUGGUAGAGCAGCAUGACGAUGCUACUACUCACAACGUCCGGAAGAACGCACCCUGGAAGCACUCCGCCUGGAAUAACAGUCAUGACGAACUGCUUCUAGAGUUACGGGAAGAGCGAGAUCUGGAAUGGGAAGAUAUCUCUGGCUUCCUGCCUGGGCACUCUCCAGAGGCUGUCGAGCGACGGUAUGAGCUUCUGAUCGAUGCGGCGGCACAUACUAUGAGAGUGUGUUCGCAGACGUUGGCGCCGGAAGCUGCGCCGCUGCCACAGUCCAUUUCUUCUGCGACAAACGAAAGCCCCGCGGAGAGGGUUACACGAAGGUCACCUAGCAAGCAACAGCCGCUUCAAGCCGCGAAGAUGAGUGAUGUGUCGUCUCCAAACGGCCAGCCUGCCGGCGUUGCAACUACAAGGCCAGAGGACCAUUUGGAUGUCGUCAGCGUCCCUGCGGUAACAUCCCCGACAGCUGCGUCGAUACAGCCAGUUUCGUCACCUGCAGAGGACUACUCGCCCCUUCCUGACUACCGUGACGAGUCGGAAGAUCCUGUUGGCGUUACCUCGCAUGGAACGCCUCCAUCGAACACAACGGUAGACCGGACAGCGCCAGAAGCUACACCCUCAACAGGUGGCCGCCAUGCUGAUUUUGCGCUCAUUGACGACGUGUUUGACAACUUGGAGCUGACCGAUCCAUCUCAGCAACUCUUUCGAGAGAUGGGCUCUUCGCCAAGCCCAGCAGCUGGAUUUGGACACUCGGAUCGCGCAGUGGGCACACCUACGCCAGCCGACGGAGACUCUAAAGACCUGGAGCUCGCAGCACCUGAAAUUCAGGCCGCAGCUUCCAAUACCCCACGGCAACCGGCCACACGAAGUCCAUAUCGCACUCGGAAGAGACCCUCGGAUCAAUCAGCCAGAGACUCCGUUGUUGAAGCCGAGGAUCUAAGCUUGUGCCCUCACGUUUCGGACCCUUCGAGUAGCGACCCUUCGAAUGGUGACCAGCGUCCGCGUCUCUCGUACGCUCAGCUCGUAGAAGCGGCGUUCCUCGCGCACGAUCGACGUCCAUUGCAACCAGUUGACGUCUUCACAUGGGUAGAGUCGAAGUAUCCAUGGUUCCGCAAACUCAAAGACUCUCCGCUGAGAGCAGGCAUCCGAGCAACUCUGUCCGCCAUGCCUCAAUUCGUGCGUAUCGAACUGCCCGAUGGCACAAAAGCAUGGCGAUUCUUGAAAGCACUUGGCCCCAUCAACGCCAAGAUCCGAGCGCGGCGCAAGUCACGCAGGAUCACGAUUGGCACCGACUUUGCGGACAACGAUCCUAUGGAUGUCUCGCAGCUUAUUGAAGAGGAGGAUGAGCUCGCCACGCCGAAGACGACCUCGAUGCGUAAGUCGCUGCUGAGGAAGUUUGUCUCGCCGAGGAUGAGUACGCCUGUGCCGAUUUUUGUUCAGUCGACCAAGAAGAUGGAUAAGAGGCGGUCUAGUGGGAGGGUGUUUUUGGACUUGGAUACGGGAACGCCUAUGAGGGAAGUGGAUCCGGAUGAGGAUGAGUUGGCGGCGGUGUAA